UCCCAGCCAGAGACUGGAGGGUGGGGCUUCGGGACAGCCCUGUGAGCCAUGGUGCACGCUAGAGGGGGGACCGGCCCUGGAAAUGAGGCAAGUUACUGGAACAUGGAGGGAGCUGCUCCAACCCUGUUAUCUGCUAGUCAAUUGCAUUUUGUGGACAGGGAUGUCUUCUUUCAAAAGUGGCAUGGCAUCCCCGAGCAAGCUCUCUCCAAUACGAUUGGACGGACGAUUCGUUAUUAAAGACUAUGACAUAGUCUAUCCUGUUUUUGUUGGGGGUGGAGAGACGACCUUGACAGGACAUCCUGAUGAAGGUCAUCUGAAACGUCACAGACGAAGUACAGACACGCGGACCUCAGAACAAUUCCGGCCACAACCUACCUCACACCUGAAUAUCUCCGGACUCGGACAAACAUUCCUGGUGAAACUGGAGCCAAAUUCUGGCCUCUUAGCACCAGGUUUCCAAGUGUACUAUAGGUCAAAUGGCUCGGUACUCUCCAGGACUUGGCCUCAGGGCUCAGCCUUCCACACUGACCAUACUGAUGGCAGCAGACCAGCGGGGCAUGUGCCCAGGGGUGGAGACUGUUUAUAUAGAGGGGACAUAAUAAGCCACAGGUCUUCCAGGGCAGCUUUCUCCAUGUGUGGCGGGCAUGUGUUAGGGAUGUUGAUGACGGAGGAAGAGGACUAUGUGAUAGAGCCUGUGCCCACACGACAGAGGAUCCCCACCCCCCUCUCCCAGCAGACCAUCCCUCAUGUCAUGUACAGAGCCUCUAGCCUCAGGCAAAGGCCACGCCACUAUGAGAGCAGAGGAUGUGAGUCGGACACUUUUUUAUCUUACCAGUGUAUUUACAGUCAGUAUCAGUCAGGGAGACCUCAUCGGGCAGCGGCGUUAGAAUGGCCAUUUGAUCGACGCAGACGGAAACGUGCUGCGUUCAAGCUGAGCCGGGGGCUAACUGCAGAGCUCUUGGUCGUGGCUGACAAGUCUAUGUACCAUGCUCACAAGUCAGAUGACGUCAUUAUGUACAUACUCAGCAUUAUGAAUAUAGUAUCUCAGUUGUAUAAAGACAGUAGCCUAGGCACAACUAUCAAAAUUACUCUUGUGGGAUUGGUUAUCAUGCAAACAGAUGAGCCUAAGUUGAGCAUAAAUUACCAUGCUGGCCAGACGUUGCAGAAUUUCUGCCAGUGGCAGUCCGGGGUGACCGGAACAUAUGGAAAGCAUGACCACGCCGUGCUGCUUACCUCACUAGAUAUUUGUUCUCAUAAAAACCAACCCUGUGAUACUCUAGGUGUUACCCCUAUCAAAGGGUACCAUGUGAUUGUUUUCUCUGUCACAGGUGGUACCCGUAUCAAAGGGAAUUAUGUGAUUGUUUUCUGUCACGUGUUCCAACCCUGUGGAGAGGACGAUGUGAUUGUUUUCUCUGUCACGGGUCCCAACCCUGUGGAGAGGACGAUGUGA